CGGGCCUUGACAAUCUCGCGAGCCUAUGCUUAUCUCCGGCCUUUGUGUUUGAAAAUGUCGUAGGGUGGUCCCCAGCCUUUGGAAGCCUGGGGAUCCUGAUGAAAUCGUGAGCUUCGGGUGCUGGAAAUGCAAGAGGACCGUGGAGAUGUCCCGUCCCCUGCUGCGGCCUCUCUGUGUCUGCAGCCAGCUUCGCAGACUGCUGGAGAUGGUCUGAAGGAGCAUCAGAAAAUCCAGUUCCGUGGCGGAGGUUCCUGCCGGAGAGCAGCUGAGCUCCAGAUUUAUCCUCCUCCCAAAGUUUUCCCUUGAGCUUUCUGAAUGUACCGGAAGUAGGAGCUCAGAUCCAAAACCCUUUCCGCAGCCUUCGGGAUCCUAGGACCAGUUGACGUUCAGCGAUGUGGCCAUUGAUUUCUCUGAAGAUGAGUGGGAAUGCCUGGACCCUCCUCAGCAGAAUCUGUAUAGGGAUGUGAUGUUAGAGAACUACAGAAACCUGGUCUCUGUGGCUCUUUCUCGGCAUUUUACCCAGAACUUUUCACCAGAACAGAUCCUAAAAUAUUCCUUCAAAAAAGUGACUAAGAGAAGACGUGGAAGUUAUGGUCUCAAGAGUUUCAGAAAUCAGCCUAAUGUAGAUGAGAAUAAAGGUCAAACAGCCUGCCAUGGUGAAUAUAACCCUCUUGUGAUCACUAGCAAUCGCCAAGAUGUCAUUGACAACAGAGAUCAAGAACAGAAAACCGCUAUGAAAAGAACUCAUGCUAGGACAGGUACUUUUGAUGAGCCAUGUCUCUAUAAACAAAAAUAUCCAUGGGAAAUCUUUCAAUAUAACUUAGCUUUGAAAAGAAGUUGUGAAGGUCUGAAAGCGGGAAAUAUCUUUCACUCAAACAUUUCCAUAGACAAAGAAUUGAGAAAUAGAGAACUGAUCUCUAAAGUUGAUCAAGUAGAGGUUUCCUAUCCUGAAAGAUCCUUACUCUUCAGCCAGCAAGUGGAUCUUUCCUAUGACCAGUUGCACAAUUCUGAUGGUUGUGGACUACUUGCUGAAGAUCUAUUACUGCAUAGCCAGAAUCCAGAUACAGAUAUUUGGAAAGCCACACACAUGUGUAAAGAAACUAGCAAAGCCUUCAGUAAUGGCUCUACACUAAAUAAUUGCAAGGAUAUUGUAGAGAAAUCUGGUCAGUGUAACAAAGUACACAAUAACAUUGACCAUGACUCAAGUCCCACCAACCAGAAAUGUACUCUGUUUCCAAAGAACCUUUUCAGUUGUGAAAAUUUCUUUACCCAGUGCUCAAAGCUUGCCAUUCAGCAGUGUAACUAUAUUCAAGAUAAUCAUCACAAGCAUACAGAUUGUGACACAAUGUUUAAUCAAACCUCAAACCUCAAACCUCAAAAACAUAAAAUUCAGUAUGCCCAGAAGUCCUACAAAUGUAAUGAAUGUGGCAAAGCCUUUAAGUAUUGCUCAAGUUACAGUAAACACAGCAUAAUUCACACAGGAGAAAAACCCUACAAAUGUAAAUUAUGUGGAAAAUCCUUUACCCAGUGUGCAAGCCUUAAAAAACAUCAAAGAAUCCACACUGGAGAGAAGCCCUACAAAUGCGAGGAAUGUGGCAGAAGCUUUAACCACUGCUCAAUUCUUAGUCAGCACCAGAGAAUCCAUACAGGAGAGAAACCCUACAAAUGUAAGCAGUGUGGGAAAUCCUUUACCCAGUGUGCGAGCCUUAGAAAACAUGAGGUGAUCCACACUGGAGAGAAGCCCUACAGAUGUGCAGAAUGUGGCAAAGCUUUCACCCAAAGCUCAACACUUAGCGAGCACCAGAGAAUUCAUACUGGAGAGAAACCUUACAAGUGUGAACAAUGUGGAAAGUCCUUUACCCAAUGUUCAAGCCUCAGAAAACACCAGAGAAUCCACACUGGAGAGAAACCCUACAAGUGUGAAGAAUGUGGCAAAGCCUUUAACUGCCGUUCAUCUUUUACUAAACACAAGAGAAUUCACACAGGAGAGAAACCGUACAAAUGUAAAGAGUGUGGCAAAGCUUUCAUCCAUUGCACAAACCUUACUCAGCACCAGAGAAUUCAUACGGGAGAGAAACCAUACAAAUGCAGUGAAUGUGGGAAAUGCUUUAGUCAGUGUUCAAACCUUAGAAAACAUCAAAGAAUUCAUACAUGAGUGAAACAGCAAAUGUAAAAAUGUAGUAAUCCUUUAUCCAUAGUCCAGAACUUGUUGAAUGUCAUAUAAUUAAAACUGGGUGAGUCUUGUGGAAGCAGUGA